AUGGAUAAUGCCUUUUCUUUGGGGAAAACGGGGGGGAAGACGGGCGCGGAGGCGCCGGAGGGCGUGGACGAGGAGGCGUGGGAGUCGCCUCGAGAGGUGGUGCUGGUGUCGGACGUUGAGGAGGGGGUCUCGCUGAGGGCCAUUUUGGACCCGGCGGCGGCCUCCUCCUCCGCGGCCGACGGUAGCCGCGGGGGCACGCGACGACCGCGGACCCGCCAAAUGGCGAGGAGGGGGGGAUCGAGCACGCGAUCGGGCAGUCGGGCCGGUCGGGUCAGCCGGGAUAGUUCCCGGGACUCGGCUGCCUCGACGACGUGCGACGUGGCGUCCCUUCCGGGGGACGUCGACACCGACGCGUCGGCGAGCGAGACGGGGAGGAAGCGCAAGCGCGGGAGGCCCCCUACCACCGGGGAGUACGUCGGCCUGGCGGAGGCCAAGCGCGCCGCCAGGGAGGAGGAGCGGCUGUCGAGGGAGUGGGAGCGGGAGAAGGAAGUCCUCGCCUCCAUUCCCUCGCCAGCCGACAAGAGGGAGCGCGAAUCCUGGGAAGUCCAGGUGGAGCGCUUUCGGGAGUGCCCGUCACCCGACAUCACCGCUCGGGUGAUGGAGCACCUCGAAACCGUGGUGAAGGUCGCCAAGAACUCGGGCCACCUUCAGGGCCCGUAUGUCAGGGCCCUGAAGGAGGCCGCGGCGGGCAUCAGGGCGGCGCUCACCGUCACUGCUGAGAGGAGGGGCGCCGGAGCCCCCUCUCUCAGCACGGAGAACGCCGCCCUGAGGGGGGAGGUGGAGUCCCUCAAAUCGCAGGUGCGCGAACUGAGGGACACCAUCUCCCUCAUGGGACGGGCGACCGCGGGGGACGGGGGGGAGAGCCAGCGGGUGGCUGACUCUCCCGUCCUGCGCGUCAGGGGGCGGAGGCUGGUGACUCCGCCGAGGAGCCCGGCGACAUCGGAGGCAGGACUCCGGACCGAGACCACCCCGCAGAAGGGGGGAGGUCCUCCCGCCGAAAGGGAGGACCCCCUGGUCGCCAUGGAGGCCAGAAUUAUGGCCUCCAUGGGGACCAUGGUCUCGCGGAUCGUCGCGGAGGCGGUGGCGCCCCUGGUGAGGCGCGGCGCGAGAGAGGGAGCGGAGCCGACCCCCCAAACAGGACCGGAGGAGCCAGGCAACGGCGGGACGGCAAAGAAGAAGAAGAAAGGUAAGAAGGGGGGUGGUGGGGCGAGCGGAGCCCCGCCUGCCCUUAACCCCCCUCCGGCAGAGCAGCGGCCCAGUUCGGCGGUGGCCGGCCCGGCUAGCCGAGUUCCAGCCGGCGAGGAGGAGCAGCCGUGGUCGACGGUGGUGGGCAGGAGGGCCGCGAGGCCAACCGCCCAGCCACCGGCCCCCGCGGGUAAGGGCAAACCCGUGCCGGGCAAACCCGCCCCAGGUAGGGGGGCCAGCGGGGGGGGCAAACCCGCGACGGGCAAACCCUCCCCGCCCGGCGGUCGACCCGGCGCGAAGGGGCCGAAGCCCCCUAAGUCGCCCAAGACGGCGGCUGUGGUCAUCACGGCCGCCGACGGCGACUACAAGGGGGCCGUGGAGAAGGCGCAGAAGGGCGUGGACAUCGACGCCCUGGGGAUCGCCGCGCCGCGAGUGAGGAGGGCCUUGACGGGGGCCCUCAUUUACGAGAUCCCAGGACCGGAGUCCGCCACCAAGGCGGACGAGCUGGCCUCCCGUUUGGAGAAGGUUUUUGAGGGGUCGGGUGUAAGGGUCACCCGACCUCUCAAGAAGGUGGAGCUGCGCGUCCGACGGCUGGACGACGCGGCUACGGAGGA